AAUCUGACACUUCAACUUGCCGUGCUCUACGGUAGUUGCUUCAGUCAGUCACUCACACCGUCUCCGGGGCUCUCGCGUCGUCUUUGUGAAGUGCAGAGAGCGAGAGAGGGGAGCGACGUAAACACGAGGUUUUUUGGAGGAACAAUACGCGGAUCCGCCACUGAGGUCCUAGCUGAAAAUCACCGCUUAAGGAGGGGGUCAGCGAGGGACUGUGCGUGAGGAAUACAUGAAGGGCCGGGUGGGGGAGGGGGCGGCGACCACAGCGGCAGUACCACCAAGGUCAAAGUUCACACAGACUCGCUCUGUGAUUGAUGAGGAUUAAGAAGCUGAUUUUGCCUAAUAGGGAACACAGGAAUCGUCCUCAUCCACACUGAGUACCGAGCUUUUUAAUGGCGUCCCGGUAGAGGCAUCAAGAUGAACACGCUACCAUCAAUGGACCGGCACAUCCAGCAGACCAAUGACAGGCUGCUGUGCAUCAAACAGCACUUACAGAACCCGGCCAACUUCCACUCAGCGGCCACAGAGCUGCUCGACUGGUGUGGAGAUCCCCGGGCCUUCCAGCGACCUUUCGAGCAAAGCCUCAUGGGAUGUCUGACGGUGGUGAGUCGUGUUGCUGCUCAGCAGGGCUUUGACUUGGACCUGGGCUAUAGGUUGCUGGCUGUGUGUGCUGCAAAUAGAGACAAGUUUACCCCCAAGUCUGCAGCCCUGCUGUCGUCGUGGUGCGAGGAGCUGGGUCGUCUCCUCCUGCUGCGUCACCAGAAGAACCGGCAGAACGAGCCGCAGGGAAAAGUCCCCAUGCAGCCCAGCAUGAACAGCAUGAAGCCCGGCCUCACGCACAGUGAUGGAUCCUUUCCCUAUGACUCUGUCCCCUGGCAACAAAACACCAACCAGCCCCCUGGGUCAUUGUCUGUGGUUACAACCGUGUGGGGCGUGACCAAUACAUCACAGAGCCAGGUGCUAGCUAACCACAUGGCAAACAGCAAUAACCCCAUGAAUCCUGGAGGUAACCCAAUGGGAUCAGGUAUGUCUGCCAGCGCAGGAGGGCUCAACUCACCGCAGUUCAACACUCAGCAGCAACAGUUUCCAAACAAAGGCGGCUCCAACCAGCCGUACAUGCAGCAGGGCAUGUACGGCAGGCCUGGUUACCCUGGAGGUCCUGGGGGAUACAGCGGGAGUUAUUCUGCAGGGCCGAACGCUCCUCCAGGAGGGAUGGGAAUGACCUCCCACACACGUCCUCCUAGUGACUUCACUCAGCCAGCCGCCGCCGCUGCAGCUGCUGCAGUCGCUGCCGCUGCUGCUACAGCAACAGCCACGGCAACGGCCACAGUGGCAGCCCUGCAGGAAACGCAGAACAAAGACAUGAACCAGUAUGGACAGAUGUGUUCAUCGUUCCAAAUGGGCCCCACACAGACUUACAACAGCCAGUUCAUGAACCAGCCAGGCCCCCGAGGCCCCCCAGGAGGCAUGAAUCCAGCCAGCAUGGGAUCAGCUAUGAACAACCCUAACAUGAGUGGUCCUCCCAUGGGCAUGAACCAGGCUCGGACCCCGGGCAUGGGGCCUUUCGCAGCACACGGCCAAAGAAUGCCUCAGCAAGGGUACCCUGGUGGACCGCGACCGGGAAUGCCCAUGCCGGGGAUGAAGAGGCCGUAUCCUGGAGAGGGAAGUUACGGGGGCCAGCAGUACGGGCCGAACAGUCAGUUCCCACCACAGCAGGGCCAGUACCCCACGUCGAACGCCCCAAGGCCGCUGCCGUCUCCUAAUUACCCCGGCCAGAGGAUGCCAGGACAGCAGGGCCAAGGACAGUACCCGCCUGGCAUGCCCAUGGGCCAGUACUACAAGCAAGAGCCAUUCAAUGGUCAGAGCACCACCUUCUCUGGAGGUGGAUACUCCUACGGUCAAGGCAAUGGGCCCCCAAGGCCCGGGAACUACCCCCACUCCCCGGUCCCUGGAAACCCUACACCGCCCAUGACCCCCGGCAGUGGUAUUCCUCCAUACCUGUCGCCAAACCAGGAUGUGAAACCCCCGUUUCCACCUGAAAUGAAACCAAAUAUGACAGCACUUCCACCUCCUCCAACUAACCCCAACGAGGAGCUGCGGCUGACGUUCCCAGUCAGGGAUGGGGUGGUGCUAGAGCCAUUCCGCUUAGAGCACAACCUGGCUGUCAGUAACCACGUCUUCCACCUUCGACCCUCCGUCCACCAGACCCUCAUGUGGAGGUCAGACCUUGAGCUGCAGUUUAAGUGCUACCACCACGAAGACCGGCAGAUGAACACCAACUGGCCUGCCUCCGUCCAGGUCAGUGUCAACGCCACGCCUCUCACCAUCGAGAGGGGGGACAACAAAACCUCCCACAAACCCCUGCACCUGAAGCACGUAUGCCAACCUGGAAGAAACACGAUCCAGAUUACGGUCACCGCCUGCUGCUGUUCCCACCUGUUCGUGCUGCAGCUGGUCCACCGGCCAUCUGUGCGAUCCGUCCUCCAGGGGCUCCUUAAGAAAAGACUCCUUCCUGCAGAUCACUGCAUCACCAAGAUUAAGAGGAACUUCAGCAGCGUGGCAGCCUCGGCAGGCAACACUACCCUAAACGGGGAAGACGGAGUGGAGCAGACGGCCAUUAAAGUGUCGCUGAAAUGUCCCAUUACCUUCCGACGCAUCCAGCUACCUGCACGAGGGCAUGACUGCAAACAUGUCCAGUGCUUUGAUCUGGAGUCGUACUUGCAGCUCAACUGUGAGAGGGGGACGUGGAGGUGUCCUGUGUGCAAUAAAACGGCAUUAUUAGAAGGUCUGGAGGUGGAUCAGUACAUGUGGGGGAUCCUUAACGCAAUCCAAAACUCGGAGUUUGAAGAGGUCACCAUAGACCCGACAUGCAGCUGGCGACCAGUCCCCAUUAAGUCCGAGCUACACAUCAAAGAGGACCCUGACGGACCAAUUGCCAAGCGCUUCAAGACCAUGAGUCCCAGUCAGAUGACCAUGCCCAAUGUGAUGGAGAUGAUCGCCCAGCUGGGGCCUGGACCCGGCCCAGGACAUGGACCUAUCCCAGGCGCUGGUCCCAGCCCGUACCCACCACACCCGGGUCAACAUCCAAGCGGCAAUGGGGGAGACUACCCUGGAGCAGGCAACAGUUACCACAGCCAGGGGAGCUUUGACUUCCCUCAUGGGAACCCCUCUGGUGGUGGAGUUGGAGGAGGGGGAGGCGGUGGUGGUGGAGGAGGUCCUGCUAUGAAUGACUUCAUCCAUGGCCCACAGCUCUCCCACCCCCCAGAUGGACCUGGUGGACUCCUCUCGCAGGACAAGCCGCUCAGCCAUGGCAUGAACGAUGUAAUGUCCCAUUCCGAUCAGUCCCAUAACUCCAUGCAGCAGAUCUUGCAUGCGUCUCCCCACCCCGGCAGCCAAUCGGGGCCGCCCUUACAUCACACUGGCCAGUCAGGGCAGCCCUUGCAUCACAGCGGCCAAUCAUCGCAGCCGCCUCGCCAGUCGCAGCCUCAGCCGCAGCCUCAGCAGCAGCAGCCGGGGCAGAACAGUCACCCUCACAGCGAUCUGAACUUUAACCCCUCCUCGGAACAGAUGGGUCAGGGCGCCCAGGAUAUGCCUGAACCCUCGCUGGAUCUGCUUCCAGAGCUGGCCAACCCAGACGAGCUACUAUCAUACCUGGACCCCCCGGACCUCCCCGCCAACAGCAACGACGACCUUCUCUCCCUGUUUGAGAACAACUAGCCCUCCCCCCCCCUUCAAAAAGAAACCUCCUGCACCUACAGGAGACGUGAUGUGUUUGACUGUCCGUCCACAGACACGUCACCAACCUCCUAUUCAAGCUGCUUCCUGUGACCCCCCCCCCACGCCCACACACUCACACACAAACUCCCUCAACAGAUUUUUUGUGUGGCAUAGGAGUAGACUGAAAAAAGAGGUACCUGUUUGGGAACUCCAAGGGAGAAAGCAGGAUCGCAGCUCACUCUCUUUUUUUUUUUUUUUUCCUCAUGUAAAGAUUCCACGCACCAGUUCCACCGCCUGACUCGAAACACAACUUUUACAACCGUUGGCGGACACUAAAGUGAUAUUAUAUAAAUACAUAUAUGAUAUUUGUGACUUUUCAACUGAAAACUGUGCAGCUAUAAUCAUCAUGUGUAAGCGACAUGGAGGAGAGUGUUGUAGCUUUGUUUUUUUAUUAUGAUUUUCCUUUUGUGAAAAAAAAACAAACAAUGUCUUGUUGGAGUGUUUUUAGCCGAUUUGAAAUGUGUUCUUCCAAAACUUUGGCACAUGCUGACGACCUUUGACCCCCCCCCCCAAGAACAUGUCAGCAUGAAUGUGUGACAGCUGAAUAACUGGAACUUAUCAAAAUCAGAGCACUGAAAGGAUAAAGUAAAAGGUCCUCCGGUGUCAACAGAGGAAACGAGUGCACAUUGUGCAAUGUAGUGUGUGCGUGUGUGUGUGUUUGAGAGAGAGAGAGAGAGAGUGUGUGUGUGUGUGUGUGUGUGUGUGUGUGUGUGUGUGUGUGUGUGUGUGUGUGUGUGUGUAUAUACCCGUGUGUGAAUGUGUAUGUCUAUGUGUCCUCUCUGUUUGCCUGCAAGCGUAUGUGAAAGACAGCUGAGAGUAGGAUGUGAAGAAAAGUCAGUCCACCUCGAGAGCUGUCCGGUUUCUCUCCUUCUUCCUGUCUGCCGUUGUUUUUGUGUAUUUAUUGUAAUGUUUCGCUCUUCCUCAUCAAAUUCAGCACCAUUUUGUUCACAAGUGCAUGUGUGCCAAUGGCUCCUGUUGUCUUUGUCCAGCCUAAACGUGCUUGAUCAAAUUUGUUCUCUGUCUUUGUAUUUAUUAUUUUAUUUUAAAUUCAUCAGUUUUUUUAUCAUCGUUUUCCUUUUCCGUGUUUUCUCUUUUUUUCCCCACGUUGAAAUGAAUCAGAUACUCAUCACCAAAGGUGUCCCAGGCUUUUUGUAAGGGGUUUUUGUCCGCCUGGAUAUUAUAUCGAAGCAAGGGCAGGAUUUGAACAUCCGACAGACGUCAGCAGAAGUUUUUAAAUCACUGUAUUUUAUAAGAACGUCUGUGUGAUUGUACUGAUCUCUCCUUUUGUGGUUUCGUUGCUGUUGACCUGCAUCUUUGAGGACAAAAACAUCCUGCAUGAUCCAACAGUGUUUCAAGAGCUGUUGUAUAUACCCUUUGUGAAUACUUUGUGACUGUACAGUACUGUACCUAUCUAUUACUGGCAACUACACGGUACUGUAUGUCUGUCAAGGACCUCACACACUCACGCAGAGAAUCCCUCAUAAGCAGUCCGAUAUUGUAACAAAUGGAUCUAAAUGCACUCUCACUGGCCUUGUACUGAGUUACUGUGUAUUGUGGACAGUUUUCCAUGACAAUGACAAUGCAUCAGUGAAAGGGAUUACUUCAAUCGCUCAGCAGGCAAGUUUUCUGAAUUUAUUUUUCUUUUGAUAUAAAGAUAAGUCAGCUUUAAAUGGGCUGCUUUUCUCUGUCUGAAGAUUGUUAAUGCAGCUUUGAGGUCCAAAUUUCUUCAACAAAAGAUUUGCCUAAAACAUUGGAACAAGUGACCUCGUCCUUUUUAUUUAAAGUGAGAAUGUGUGGCACAUCCUCUGAAUUAUUUUGAGGCCUGAUAAUGAGCUUUUGAUAACUAUACUUUGCAAAAAUGGGUGAACAUGAUUUGUGUAUUUUUAUUUUGUAAAAAUACGCAUUUUAUAUUGUUUUAAGUUAUUAUUCAUCCUGUGUUUUUAUAACAGUUCAAAUUUGGUUUACACAGUUGUAUGCAGUACAGUCAAUGGAUUUAAAGUAUACUGUAUGUUGUUGAUAAAAGUUCCCCCAUUAGAGAUUUUUUACCUGUUGGAAAAACCAAAUAAGACUUUAUUAUUAUUCUGAAUUGAUCAAAUCACCUGCAUUUACCACAGCUGAAGGAUCAGAUUGUCUGUGUUUGUUUAUGUGUUUGUUAAAGACAAUGCACUGCCGCAUUGGGAUGUUUAAUUUCCCUACACAGUGUGUAAGUAUAACCUUUCACAGAAUCACGUCAAGUAAUCUGAGCGACACAAAUUGUACUGUCUGAUUGCAGACUUUGGAAAUCGAGGGUUUAAAAAGAGAAUGCAAUUAAUGUUGUAAAGUGAAAUUCUAGGGGAAGGCACCCUCCUGUUUGCAUUGCACGGGGAGGUUGUGGCUGUGGGUCGGGUGUGGGGUUUGGGGUGUGAGGGAUACGUGUAUAUACUGUAAAUGACAAAUAGAGACACGUUAACAGAAAUGUAUUCAUUUUCUCCAGGAGGAGUGUGCAUAGUGUAUUUAGAAUUUGUAAAGCUUCCAUCCUCCUGUCAGACAUUGAAUUGGCAAAAUGAGUCUUUGUUUGAUUGCGUCUGUGCAGACCUCUCUAACCACGCCUGUUCAUUUAUGUAAGAUACUUUAUGUGCCCCUCCACGCGGGGUUUCCAAGAAAAGAAGACAUUUUUUCCUUUGUGUAAUAUUAAACCUCUGUGUAUUUCUCUAUUACCUGUGUACUUUAUAAAGGUGCUACAAAAUUAUGAAAGCCUUUUGAGGUAUAAUUGGGACACGGAGACACUGAGCUUUGAGUGGCUCUUACCAGUUGUUUCCAGAUUUACAGUUUGUAAAAAGAAUUUUGUCAAAUUUACAAUUUUUAUGCAAUUUGGCAAAAAUAUGCUAUAAAGGUACAAUCUGAAGUGAUUGGCACAACAAGUGGCAGUUGUCUCUUUGGUUUUGUACAUUCUAUGUACAAUCAUUUCAUAUUCUAAACUGGUCAGAAAAUCAUUGUGAUUUUUAGUCUUGCAAAUCUGUAUGUAGUUAGAUGACGUGACAUCCUAAUAUUUAUCUAAUAAAUAUGUAUUCAGAUGAAACACA